GAAUAUAAAAGUCGGCUUGUCAACGCCUCGGGUGGCGCCAGUUUUGAACCGUGCUGUUUUGAGUUGUGCGGUCACCGUAAUUGCAGAACGCGAUGACCGUCCCCUCUGCAGAGGAGCUGGACUCCUUCAAGUACAGCGACCUGCAAAAUUUAGCCAAAAGGCUGGGCCUCCGGGCUAACCUGAGGGCAGACAAGUUGUUAAGAGCCUUGAAAGCACACCUGAAUCCAGAAACAAGGAAAGAAAAUAAAAAUCAGGAUGAAAAGCAAUCUUCUGCAUUCUCCAUUGAUGAGACUGAGAUACAAGUUAGCAGUGAGGAGCAAGCUGAAGCGGAACCAGGCGGUCAUGUCACCAGAACAAGGAGGAAGCGCAAGACCACCCAUGGCACUCCUACUUCCCAGGAUCAUUUGGAGAUGAAAGGAAGUGAUUAUACUAACUUCCAAAAUCAAGAAAAUCAGGAAAAUCAAGACCUCAGAGCUACUGCAAAAGUUCCUUCUCUGCCAGAGCAGAGGCCAGAAGACGGGGAUGCAGCUUCCUCAGGAGAAGGAGAAAUAAAUGACAGUGAAGAUUCAAAGAGGCCUUUAGAAAAAAGAUCACUAUGCAUGGAUGGGCUUUCUAAACUUGGGAACAAUAAAAGGACUUCUGCCACGACACCAAACUUUAAGAAGCUUCAUGAGGCUCGUUUUAAGAAAAUGGAAUCCAUUGAUGAAUAUAUUGUGAGAAAAAAGAAACACUUUAAAGAACACAAUUCAUUUAAUGAACUAAAGCAGCUUGAUAAAAAAGGGAUAGUGACUCCAGUUCCACCAAGAGGAAGACUCUCUGUACUCUGUACUCCUGCCAGUCAGCAGUGCCCACAAGGCCACUCAGCAACGAAAAUGAAUGUCAGGUUUUCAGCUGCUACUAAAGAUAAUGAACAUAAGUACUCACUGACCAAGACACCAGCCAGAAAGUCUCCACAUGUGACUGCACCUGGGAGUGCUUCAAAAGACCAGGCUGUGUUCCGGACACCCAAGUUAAAGACCACUGAGAGGAAUUCUGCUGCAGUUAUUACCCCAUUCAAGUUGAUGACUGAAGCAGCACAGACUCCAGGUUCUAGUAAGAAACCAGUAUUUGAUCUCAAAGCAAGCUUGUCUCGUCCCCUCAACUACAAGCCACACAAAGGAAAACUGAAACCUUGGGGGCAAGCUAAAGAGAACAGUUCUCUGAAUGAAUGUGUAAGCAGAGUCACCUUCCACAGGAAAACUUACAAACAACCUCAUCUCCAGACCAGGGAAGAACAACGGAAGAGACAUGAGCAAGAACGAAAGGAGAAGAAAGAAAAGCUUUUGGAAGCUCGAAGAAACCUGGGUGUGACUAAAGCUCCGUGACCCUGCCCGUUCCUUUACUCCUAACUCGGUUUCCUUUUGUAUGUUUUUAUACUUUCUCUACUUCAGUCAAAAGCUCUUUUCCAUCAUAGCUUUUGGUCAUAAUUUGUGUAGUGUCUCUUCUGUGCUCUAUCUAAGAAUAUACUAUCUUAAAGUUCACCUAAUGUCCUAUAUAACUCCGAUUUUAAAAGCCCUGUCCUCAUGAUUCUUAACCAAGGUUUUUCAUAUCAAGGUCCUGCUAGUUCUGAUGGAGAUGACAUGCACCCUUUUCUGCACAAGUGUUUCCCUUAGCAGCAAGCUGUAGCCGAAUCUUAGCAUGAGAAAAUAAGAUAGAGUUCAUAAGGAAAGGGAGGCUAGAAGGCCACGUUUUUGUUCAGGAGCCUGAAAAAUCUAUUAGUCUUAUUGAAAUCUUAAUCAAGGUUUUAGCUCUAAAUCAAUAGUUUUAGCUUAUAAGAGCCUUGUUCUAAUCCUUAAUAAUCCUAAACUAGAAAACCUUCAGUCUCUACUUGUUAAAUAAAAACCACAGAGCAAAGGGUGUGCUUCAGUGGUACAUUACAAGUGUCUAUCACACACUUAUCCCUGAAUUUGACCCCUGGUACCACCAAAAACAAAGCUAAGAGUUGCUGCUGUAAUAAUCACUUUCUUUGGCAGACUUAAAUCUUACAAGUGGGGAAGAGAAAGGAAGGCUGCUAAGCAUAACCUUUUGAUCUUUUCUCUGCCAUGUACAGAUUCUGAGUUGUGUGUAAUGCUUACAAUGUUCAUAAAUAAAAAUGUUCACGGUGA